AAGCCGUUGGUCCCGGUUACUACUUACUGAUGUAAAUAUGUAGUUGUUACAUGAGCCCUGUCAGGGGCCUUUGACGGCUCAGUAAUAACCCUGACACCAGGGUUGAUGAGAUGAAACAUUGUCUCAACUAUAGCAUACAUCUCAAAAAAGGCAAAAGAUUUCGAAGUGCAUUUACAACUGAGCAAGUAAACCGCCUCGAGAGGGAAUUCAAACUGUACCCGUACAUUAGUAAUUCUCGCAGAAAAGAUAUCGCAAAAGAUUUGAAUAUUCCCGAGAGAGCGGUGAAGAUAUGGUUCCAAAACAGAAGGAUGAAAGAGAAAAAAGAUACGACAAAUAAAGACCCUAAUGACAAAACUACAGUGAUUUCUAACGCCCAAUUAAAUAAUGUCCCCAUCGUGAUAUCAACUAAUGAUGCCUCGUUAUCAUUACUUACCGUAUCAACAAACGAUCCAAGGGCAAAUAAUGAACUAAACAAAUAUGUAGAACAAAACAAAUUUGAAACAAAAGAAAAAGAAAAUGCCAAUUUUUAUAAAGAUGUUUAUUCUGAAGCUGAUACAUUCGAGGUAUCAAAAGCGAAUGAUAGUACCCCUGAAAUAAGAAGCAAUGCUGUGUCAACGACGACAUCAGGAGAAUAUUCUAUUGAUCUUUUUAAGAAAUAUAAGUCAGAAACAAAUGACUCUGAAAAUGUGAAGAUGUUGGACAGUGAAACUGAACAUAAUAGUAGCCAAGUAAAACAACACUCGCCUGACAGUCCUACGCCGUACAAAUACGAGGCACAGUGUACAAGUUAUCACAGUGUCCAUGUACCAGCUAAAACCUUACCACAAGGACCACGUGAUUUGUCGUCGAAGCCAAACAUAUUAUCUGCAACCCAAGAAAAUGAUGCAGCAAAGACCAAGACAAGCGAAGUUCCCUUAUAUUUCGCUCAACCUUACAUACCGCCAGGAAAUAUGAUGUGGAAGCCAGUAAAUGUGGCACCUAUUAUGUCGGGUCCUAUACCUACUGUGGCUAUCCCAAAUCCAAGUCUCGGAGGUCAGCCACAUAGUACUACGAAUCGAAGUUGUAGCUGUGAUUGUCAUAUGAAAUCUCAUAAUCCGGUACUAUUCCACCACAACAACCCUAGUCCAAAUUUACAGUAUGUUAUAACGGCUGUGCCAUAUCAUAAUCAUACCCAUAAGUUUCAUGUGUAAAAUAAAUAUAUCUAGUGAAACUUCAUUAAUUAAUUUAUUGUGAAAAUACAGAAUGUUAGUUACAUCGUGACGAAAAUUAUGAUGGGUGAUUCAGAUCAUGAUUUUAAGUUGAUAGCAAGCGGAAUUUUCCGUCGCAAAAAUAUGAAACUGAAAAUAAUAAAAAAAAAAUUUACAAACAUUAUCAACUCAGAAUCAUGGUCUGAAUCAUCCCGUCAGUAUUCGUUGUACACAUACAUACUUCGAAUAUUGAGGGAGAUGAUUAAGCUCAUUAUUCUGUGUCGAUAUCAAGUGGAAUAUUCCAUUGAAAAAGUACAAAGUUAACAAUAAUACAAAAUUAAUCAAGUUUGGCGACAGAAAAUUUCACUUGAUAUUAACUCAAGAAUCAUGGUCUGAAUUAGUAUCCGGUACGA